CUCAUUGAAAACCAUAACAAAGUGCGCAACCAUCGUACCAGAUUUAAAGGAACAUCAAAACAAGUACCAAAGCGUUAAGAUGUUCUCGUUUUUCAAAGCCAAAAAACCCAGCCCGACACAGACCCCAGUAGAACCAAUACCGGGAGCAGCUCCGGCACCGCCACGCGAGGAUGAUUUCAUCUUUAUCGAGCGACGAGGUGCAUCACCCAAGCCCAACGUUGGUGCCGAAGGUGAAAAAUCGCCGAUGUCUCCAGGUGAAUCAGGACUGUAUCCUGCCAUUCCUGGCCCGUUAGCCAAAGGACCGGCAAAAGUUGAACCAGUCGCCCGACAGUACAGUGAAGAAAAGUUGACCCACUUCAUGAGCCAAGUACCAUUUAAGCUCGCUCCUGAGCUCUGCGUGGACGACCUGAACGAGCUAUCUCGCCUCCAGACGUACGAUGUCUUAUCGUACAUUACGCAAAUUUUAUACUCACAUGAAUACAAUUUCCAUCUGGAGAAGAGCGUAUUGAAUGAAACGGCACAGGAAGAUUUUGGAGGUAGUGCGGAUAACAGUUAGAGCGAGUGCACCAACUAUUGGCUGUUUAUUAUUUAUUGGAACAACAGAAAUUCAAAACACGAUUGAGGCAAUGAAAAUCAUCCUGCUGGCAAUUUUAUCUCACCGUCAACUAUUUUAGUGCUUCGAUUGAUUUUUUACUCUAGAUCUUUUUUCAUAUGAAUGCUGAACGCAUCUUUUACUGGAAAAGUGCUACAUAAUGUACCCGGGAACGAGUUAAAUACAGCGAUAUAAAUUAAUGCUUCGAAUCAGCACAAUUCAAAUAUAAUUGU